CUAAUAUCUCGUAUAUGAAAUAAAAAUUACUUUGUAAUUUUUAUUCGAAUUAUAUUUAAAAUAUAUUCAAUUCAAAUUACAACACACAUUGAUCUAUUUUCAAAUUGUACAAAAUAUUCUACAAAAAAAAAAAAACACAAAUAUUUUCAUCAUGGCAAGUCACGUUUCAACUAGUAAAAAUUAUAAUAUGAAAGUAAUCGAUACACUUUACAAUAAAAUACCAGCAUUUACUGAUCUAUUUGACGAAGAAACAUGGUAUACUUUUGUUGCUUGUUUCGUAGCAGGUACUUUUAUAGUAGCAUUUAUACUUUCAAGAUUUAUUACGUUACAUCCAGUCGACUAAUCACAAAUUCUCUCUCAUUCUAAUUUAAUAUUAUAUAUUUUAAUUAUUCAUACUUUAAAAAAUAUGUAAUAUAAAUAAACAAAUAUGUAACAGUGCAUCAAACAAAUGUGGCAAUAAAAUCUUUGUAUUUAUAAUCAUA